UACUCCGGAAUCCAUGGUCUUAGAAUGACAUUUUUGCAAUGUAGAUUAUGUCAUUUUUUGUUUUGAUGACAGUAAAAAAAAAACAAAUAAUUUCAAGAAAUUGAAUAAUUGAAAUUAUCGUGCAAGCAAGCGUAGUUCUCCAUUAUAUUCAUAAAAAUAUUUUGUGGAAUCACAGUUAAGCGAUUAUCUGAAAAUCUGAAAAUCCAUUAUGGGUAAAAAAGGAAAGAAGAAGCCGCAAGAGACUGGUGAUCAACCAGCCCCUGCAGGGCCUUCUGGACCCAAACCGGGUCCUGGACCUCAACCGGGUCCAUCUGGAGAUCAGCAGAAAAAGGGGAAAGGUAAAGCCGUACCCUCUGAUCAACCACCUUCUGGUCAUCAGCCUGGGCCAUCUGGUGAUGCUCCGCAACCACAACAUCAACAGCAAAAAGGGAAAGGUAUGAAAGGUGGGCCCGCUCCACAGCAACCACCGCCACCAUUUGCUCAGCAGCCCCAGGCAGCAGGUCAGCCACCACCAAAACCUGCAUGGGGUCAACCAAGAGGACCAGCCCCUCAACAAUGGCAACAAGCUUCAGCGCAGCCACAACAGCAACCAGGAGCGCCCAAACAACAGCAACAAGCUCCGGCUCAACCUCCACAACAGGGUUGGGGAGCUAGAAAAGGACAAGAAGCGCAGCAGCAUGGUAUGCAACAGAGAGGCCCACAACAUCAACAACAAGGAGGCCCCCAACAACAGCGAGGACAACAACAGCAACAACAGGGUCCACCACAGCAGCAACAACAGGGUCCACCACAGCAGCAACAAUGGGGCUCGCAGCAUCAACAACAGGGUCCCCCACAGCAGCAACAACGGGGUCCACGUCAACAGCAACAAAGAGGCCCACAACAACAAGGAGGCCCACAACAACAGCAACGGGGCCCACCACAGCAACAAUGGGGCUCGCAGCAUCAACAACAGGGUCCCCCACAGCAGCAACAAGGGGGUCCACCUCAACAGCAACAAAGAGGCCCAGCACAACAGCAACAGAGAGGCCCACAACAACAACAGGGCCCACCACAGCAACAAUGGGGCUCACAACAACAACAGAGUCCACCACAACAACAGGUUCUACCCCAACAGCAACAACCGAUUUCACCACAACAACAGCAGAAAGGUCCACAACAACGAGGCCAACAACAACAACACCGAGGCCCACCCCAACGAGGUGCAGAAAAACCACAGCAGCCACUAGCAUCGUCCAUGCAACAACUACAGUUGAGGAGUAAUGCAGGCGAUGCCAAUCUCGUGUCAACUUCAAGGAAGAAGCAUGGAACUCGUGGAAGGAUUAUCAAGGUGGAAUCCAAUCAUUUACAGUUGAAUCUUGGAAAAUUGGAAACUGCCUAUCAUUAUGAUGUGACCAUCGAGCCGGAAUUGCCAAGAAGAAUGAUGAGGCCGGUCAUGGAUGCCUUUAGGAGACAGUAUUUCCCUCAAAGAUGGCCCGCUUUCGACGGCAGAAAAAAUUUAUACACUUCCUCGCCGCUCACUGAUAAUCUUAAUGACAUAUUCGAGCACGAAAUAACUAUUAACGAAGACGAUGGUCGUCCAAAAAAGUUCCAGGUUGUGAUUAAAUUUGCAAACAAAGUUGAUCUGAGACCGUUGAAGGAUUUUUUAAAUUCGCCGGCUACGCCGCAAGAGGCGCUGCAAGUGGUGGAUAUUGUUCUCAGGAUGGCACCUCUAGAAACUUGUUUUCCAGUAGGCAGGUCGUUUUUCGUUAAACCUACUGAGGGAAUUCUGGAUUUAGGAGAAGGCAUGGAAAUGUACCAUGGAUUCUACCAAUCGGCAAUUAGAGGAUGGAAACCGUUGUUGAACAUCGAUGUGGCGCAUAAAGCUUUUCCACAAAAUGUCAACUGUGUAGAAGCUUUAGCCCAACUUCUUUCUACUUUUAGACAAAAAGUUAGUAAAGAGUCCUUGGUGCGUCUUCAAGAUUAUCAAAAAAAAACUUUGGAAAAAUACGUCAGACAACUGAGAGUGUGCUAUGAAAUACCUGGACAUCCAGGUUCUAAGAAAGUCUACAGAUGCAACGGUUUGGGAGAUCCGGCUAGUCACGCAACGUUCGAAAGCAAUGGUCAGCGAAUGACCGUUUUAGAAUACUUUUUGAGACAGAAAAAUUGCCGUUUGCGAUAUCCAGAUUUACCAACUUUGUGGGUCGGUAGUUUGCAGAGGAAGAUUUUGUUACCCAUGGAGUUCUGUCAAAUUUUGGAAGGACAAGCGGUUAAUAGGAAGAUGACAGAAAAUCAAACCAGUAACAUGAUUAAGCAAGCAGCUACGAGUACAACAGUCCGCAAACAGAAAAUAAUGCGCGGAAUCAAUCAGGCAAAUCAUAACGCUAGUCCUUAUGUGCGCGAGUUUGGUUUUUCCGUUGGAAACGAGUUCCAGCAGUUGGACGCUCGUGUUUUGGAACCGCCCCAGCUGCAGUAUUUGAACAGAAACGUGCGCGUUCAAAAAGGAGUCUGGAGAAGCGAACAAUUCUUGCAACCGGCGACAGUGAACACAUGGACCAUUGCAACAAUCUGUCGUUAUGCGCCUAGAGUUGACGAUCUUAAAAAUUUGGCCAGUAUGAUUAUAAAAACUGCAAGAGAAGUUGGAAUGAUUUUGGGUGAACCGGUUUUCCCUUUCGGCAAUAUCGGAGGGCGUCAGUCCAGUGCCGAAUGCGAACAAUAUUUUCGCAGUCAAAAAGGCAAAUUUGACAUUAUUUUUGUCGUAGUGCCAGACAGCGGCCCUCAAUACUCGUUUGUAAAAAAAGCCGCCGAAAUUGCAGUAGGUUGUCUGACCCAGUGCAUCAAAUCCAACACAGUGGCCAGAAAAAUUAACCCACAAACUGUCCUCAACAUUAUGUUGAAAGUCAAUAGCAAAUUGAAUGGGGUUAAUCACACUUUUACCAAAGAGGUUAAGCCUAAAGCCCUGUGCCGUCCCUGUAUGAUUAUGGGAGCAGAUGUUACGCAUCCAGGACCGGAUGCCAGGAACAUUCCUAGCGUCGCUGCCGUUACGGCCUCUCAUGAUCCGAAAGCUUUUCAAUAUAAUAUAUGUUGGAGGCUACAAAAUCCGACAGUUGAAAUUAUUGCCGAUUUGGAAGCCAUAGUGAUAGAGCAUUUGAUGUUCUUCUAUAAAAAAACAAAAGUCAAGCCCGAAAAAAUUGUUUUCUUCAGGGACGGAGUGUCCGAAGGGCAAUUCGAAAAAGUUAAGCAAGAUGAGAUUCGCGCCAUAAGAGCCGGGUGUAAAAAAUUGCAAGCGGAUGGUUACGAGCCGAAAAUUACGUUUUUGGUUGUGCAGAAAAGGCAUCAUACACGAUUGUUCCCGAAGAAUCAAAGAGAUUCGGAUGACAGGAACUUCAACGUACCAGCAGGUACAUGCGUAGAUACAGAAAUAGUCCACCCCUUCUUACAAGAUUUCUACUUGGUUUCCCAUGCCAGUAUUCAAGGUGUAGCGAAACCGACAAAAUACUGUACUUUGUGGGACGACAACGACAUGGACAAUGACGAAGUGGAGCAGUUAAGUUACUAUUUGUGUCACAUGUUCACACGAUGCAACAGAUCCGUCAGUUAUCCUGCCCCGACCUACUAUGCUCACUUGGCUGCUGCAAGAGCCAAAGUUUAUAUUGAAACUGAAGACCAUUUGGACAUGCAAAGAUUGAAUGAGGAAUUCAAGAGAUUCCAAAUUCAGACAAGUAUCCAAAAGGAAUUACCCAUGUUCUUUGUUUAAAAUGAUGGGCUUUUUAUUACUUUUUAUCUUAUUGGAAUUGAUUUUUUUUUUUUUUUUAGAGUUCAUAAUUUAGUGAGGUUAUAUUUUGAGCAUGUAUACUUUUGAGUAAAUAAAAUGAUCCCUAAAAUUAA